AUGUCAUACAUCAGAACAUAAUUAAUUUGUUUUGUUUUGCUGAGUUUGAAAAGUUUAUUUCUUAGCCCCACAAACAAUGGAGCUGGAAUCGGAAAUCACUGGGGCCAUUGCCAAUCUGCAGGUUUCCCCAAGAUCUAUAAGGUCCAAAAAGCUGGGGACUUUUAAUGCGAAUGCCCCGCUAAAACAACGCGACGGUAAGGAUCACCCUUCCUUUAAACAAAUACCAAAGUUCUUUGUUCCUCCACCGAAACCGGAGGACAAAGUCCGACGGCUGCUUCAUCAGGAGGCCCACUCCCUUUUUCUUCAGAAUCAGGCGGAUGAACUUCUCAAUUCUGAUGAUAUGAACGAUCUGUGGAAGACGCUGGAGAAAUAUGUGACUGAGACCACGAGAUCUAGGCGACAGCUGGUCAAUUUGGAUGGUUACCUAAAGGUCGUUUCGGAAGUGGGCGUCAAGUGUCGAAAAAUCAUGACAGUUGCACUUUUCUUUGAACUGCUGGUAACCUCCAAUUUUCCCGACAUGCUGGAGAUCAUUUCCAUUUAUAACUACAUGAUGAGUAGAGUGUUGCUUGUCCAGGGACGCAUUGGUCUUUCCUUUUACGAUGAAAUCGGACAGGGAUAUUUAAAUGAGAGCGAUGUGGAAAGAUAUAUCACGGACAUUAUACCCACGCUGGAGCAAGUUAGUGAACGUUUGCAGCCCUCAUUCGAGAGUUUUUAUGUCUGCACUGUGGUCAAGAAAAUAUUUUUCUUCCUGGACCAUCUGCAUUUACGACGUAUUCGAAUAAGAGACAUUGUAUCCUCGGGACUGCUCUCGCAGUUACUGGAGCUGCGUGAUACGGCGAUACCCAAGGAUGCCGCGGAAAUCAAGACGACGAACUGGUUUUCAAUGUCGGCAGCCUUGGAGGUGUACGAAAACUAUCUUGAUUUAGAUAGGGAUCACGAUGGCAUGCUGAGCAGAAAGGAGUUGUCUGAAUACGGCUCUGGUAGUCUUACCACCGUUUUUCUGGACCGCGCCUUCGAAGUGUGCCGUACUUAUGGCGGGGAAAUGGACUACAAAACCUUCUUGGACUUUUACUUUGCAAUGGAACAUCGAAAAACUCUUCCAGCCUUGCACUACAUUUUCCGCAUCCUAGACAUAAAUCAGCAAGGAUAUUUGACAGCCCAAACUUUGCGGUAUUUCUUUGAUGGCAUUGAAGAGCGCAUUAAAGCUGUGCAGGCCGAGGUUGUGAACUUUCAGGACCUCAAAAUAACCCUCAAAGAUUUGAUCAACAGUGGACAAGGCGCGACUGUGGUCUCCAUACUAAUUGAAUUCGAUAAAUUCUUGGCCUACGAGAACCGUGUACAGAAUCACCAGAAUGUUUAAUAACCGAAUUCCAGGCAGCAGCCACAGCAGCAACAUGCAACAAGCAGCAGCAGCAGCGGCAGCAACUCACUUGCGGUAACAACAUUAAGCCAAAUUUAAUUAAACUCCGGACUCUGUUCGCUGCACUUCUUUUAUACGAAGGAUUUUCAUUUGUAUUUUUUAUGCCAGACAAUUGUAUGCAAAUUCAAUGUGUAAAGUUCCUCAAAUA